CCCCCCCUGCCAUUCCACCACCCAGCCAUGGAGGCUUUGGCUGAGAUUCCUGAAGCCACAAAUCACCAUUUUUUCUUGAAAUGCCUAUCAGAGAUGCCCGUGGGGUGUUCCCCACACCUCAGCUGAGAGCUUCAUCCAUCCCUCCCAAACUGGCAGGUGGUGAACCACCGACUAGGAGACAUUUCUAAGAAUGGGACUGGAGCCUAUCAAUUUCCAAGCAGAGGCAGAAAUAAUUUGUCAAAUGCUAUUUAUUAGGAAAGCGAGGACAAGGCAGCCUGUGGGCAGCUGCUGCCUUGGGGUUCCCUUCCAGAGGGGACACAGUCCCCCCCCCCCAUUUUCCAAGGGCACCAGCCCCAGACUCCUGAGAAAGGAGGACUCUGGGUGAGUGGAUUGGGCCCCCUCCACCUCUCUUCUUUCCUUCAAGGCUCUCGCUGGCUCUCUUGUGCCAUGUGGUCUUGCUAGGUUCCCACGGCAUCCCUUUAACCUAAUUUCUGGUGGGGGCAGGGGGUCACUGUGCAGGUAGGCAUCUUCCCUAAUGGAGGGGACGCAAUAUCAGCUUGUUCCAGGAAGGUCCGUUUGCCAAGGUGUCCGGCUGUGAGUUGGGCACUCAGAAACGCUCUUCUGUCAAGAGGCCAGGAGUCUGGCGGUUGGCAGGAGUGGCAGGCAAUGGGCUUCUCCAGAAAAAUGCUCUUUGAUUCGGUUGCCUUGGGAGACUGUCCACGCGAGGGAGAGGCUCUUGCCUGCAGCCCCACAGCUUCUGGCUCUUGGGGGUCGGAAGCAGAUCCAUGGCCUGGACAGAAAAAGGGUGGUUUUGGUGCAGAAGCACACAGGGGGAACGUCGGCUCGGCUGUUGUCAUGGGAUGCUGCGUGUCCCGGGAAGGCAAAGGAGAGAGACACCCCAAGGCCUUGGGGUGACAUGAGUGGUGACUGGAGAACUGGGGGGGUGCGGGGGCUGUUUUGUGCUCUGUGUAUGCAGGGAAAGGAGGUGCGACCAAGUGCAGGUGGGGAGUGCAUGACCCCAGGGUCCUCUUCAGUAGCAACAAAUUUAAAAAGGUAAAGGUAAAGGGACCCCUGACCAUUAGGUCCAGUUGCGGACGACUCUGGGGUUGCGGCGCUCAUCUCGCUUUAUUGGCCGAGGGAGUUGGCGUACAGCUUCCGGGUCAUGUGGCCAGCAGGACUAAGCCACUUCUGGCGAACCAGAGCAGUGCACGGAAAUGCCGUUCACCUUCCCGCCGGAGGGGUACCUAUUUAUCUACUUGCACUUUGAGGUGCUUUUGAACUGCUAGGUUGGCAGGAGCUGGGACCGAGCAACGGGAGCUUAACCCGUCGCGGGGAUUCGAACCGCCAACCUUUUGAUCGGCAAGCCCUAGGCUCUGUGGUUUAACCCACAGCACCACCCGCGUCCCCCAGAAACAAAUUUAGUUCUCUUUUAAUUAUUUGCUCUAAUUUCUUUUAGUCUACAGCCAUACCUCGAGUUACGGGUGCUUCAGGUUGUGUUUUUUCGGGUUAUGGACCCGCUGAAACCCAGAAGUACCAGAACAGGUUACUUCCGUGUUUCGGGGGUCGCGCAUGCGCAGAAGCACUAAAUCCUGCUUUGUGCAUGCACAGAAGUGCCAAAUCGCAACCUGCGCGUGCAUGGAUGUGCCACAGCAGGUUGCAAAUGCUGCGGGUUGCAAACGUGCAUCCCACAUGGAUCACGGUUGCAACCCUAGUGUCCACUGUAAUGGUUUUUAACCAGUGUGCUGUGGCACCCUGGGGUGCCUUGAAUGAUGGUCAGGGGUGCCACAGGCAACCCUGGCCUCUGCCCUCUUUUGUUCCCUCCCUCUCCUGAUGCCCUCUUGCGUCUCUGCCUCCCCAAGGCUUGCACAGCUGUUUGUUGCAGCAGCCCUGGCUCCAAGCUCCCCAGGCGAAUGGUGCCUCUGGGGCUGGCCAGGGGGUGCUGGUUGCUGAGGCAGCAUCAGAGUAAGCAAGCAAGCAGGGGGGCGAGGGAGCCCAACCAGCCAGCCAGUCUGCCAGCUGUUGGGAAUGGAGAGCCAAGUGGGAGGCCAGGCAAGCAGACAAGGGCCAUGUUGGCUUUCUUGGGCUUGCUGUGUGCAAGGCUUGCCCGGGAGCUGAAGGGGAGCCUUUCCGCCAUGCAGGUCUGGCAGUGCCUGCUGCUGCCACCCAAGGCAAGGCAUUGGCCUCACGUUCACCUUUGGCCAGUCUCUGUUGGACCACUAAGGCUGGGGGCAUCCUCUUCCCAGGCCCCUCUCUUUGGGGCAGGGGGGCAGCUCAGAGACCGGGGCGGCAGCAGUGGCUGCCCAGAAGACUCCCAAGGAAAGGGGAGAGGAGGCUGAGGGAACACUCCACAAAGGAGGGGGUUCGAAAAGGGGUGAGGGGCUGCCAGCUCUGCAGGCAAGGGGGGGACCUAACUGGCCUCCUGGUCAAGGGAAACAUGGACUCAAAAAGGUUGAAAACCUCUGUUUUAGUGUCUAUAGGUUUUUAGUAGUCUGCCGAAGACUUUUCUGAGAAAGACUGAUUUACCUGUGAUUGUGAUGGUCUUUCUGUUAUAGUGCUGAGGCAUUUUCCUUCCCCCCCUCUCAGUCUUGAGUCUUUCCUCCCCUGGGGGGUCACUAACUCUCUUGCUGAGUCCCACUUGCGGAGUCCCAGGGGCUCAGCAAGAGUUCUGAGCAGGGGUCUCCCCAGGUGGUCCAGGCAGGAGCCAGCAGUGGGACCCUCAGUCGGUUCUGUUUGUUUCCAGGCUGCUGACUCCUUGCUCUUUGUCUCCCUCCAGGUGCUCCUUUGAUGCUUCGAUGAGAUGCGCUUCUGCAGUCCCUCCUCACCUGAAUCCUUCCAUGGGUAGUUUGGGGAUCGCGGGGGUCCUGGAGAGCGACGACGAUGGAUAGCCCCCCCAAGCUGGCCGGUGAGACGCUGAUUGUCCACCACAUCCCCCUGGUGCACUGCCAGGUCCCUGACCGGCCGUGCUGCGGCACCACCAGCAAACGGGCCAACCCCUUUGGGCAGGCCGACUCGGGGGCCCUGCGGACCGGCUCCCUCCCGGAGCGGGACCUCUCGCAGGCCGACUCCCUGCUCUACAGCAGCUUGCUCCAGGAUCCAGAAGCGACCCUGGCCCCGGGGGAGACGCCCGAAGAGAAGGAGGCCCCGCACAGGGACCCGCCUGCCCCCGGUGCCAACAAGCGGCAGAACCCCUUCCUGCUGGGUGGCAGCGAGACCCAGGACCUCUGCGAAGAUGAGCUGGGCAAGGCCUCCUUCCACCUGCAUGAGCUGGCCCUGCCGCCCUUCCGCCUGCAUGAGCUGGCCCUGCCGCCCUUCCGCCUGCACGACACCAGCCCCGUCGUGAAGCCCUGGAGCGCCAGCCCCCGGGCGGACGUGGUGGAGGGCCAGGAGGAGGACGAGCUGUCCCGCGAAGACGCCCGCAAGAGGAGCCGCCUGGCGCCUGAGCUGAUGGAGCUGGACGAGUACGGCUGCCACCGCGCUGAGCCCUCCAGCUUCUCCUUUGAGCAGGAGUGGGCCAGCGACGGCGAGGAGCUGGCGCACAGCCGGGACGCCCCCCGCAGCCGGACCUGCAGCUGCUCCAGCGCGGAGCUCCAGCGCUGCUGCUGCUACAGCCUCUCCAGCCAGUCGGAGGCCCCCGACCAGCCGAUGGGCUACGUCAGCGACUCCUCCUGCAACAGCUCCGACGGCGUCCUGGUCAACUUCAGCGCCCUCUACAACAAGAUGAACGGGCACGCCCACCCCAACCUCAACUCGGGGGCCCACUCCUGCGACGACUCCUCCUCCGGAAGCCACUCGGACUCAGGGGCCUUCUACCUGGACUUGCACUCCUCGCCCGGCGAGCCCAAGGUGCCUGGCGAGCCGCACCAGGCCUGCGGGUGCCACCACGCCUCCUCCCCGGUCUUGGACGCCAACUGCAACUCCUACCCUGCCCUGUGUGACCCCUGCGCCUCCGAGGCCUCCGACCUGACGGCCUGCUUCCAGAGCCAGGCGCGGCUGGUGGUGGCCACCCAGAACUACUACAAGCUGGUCACCUGCGACCUGUCCUCCCAGUCCUCGCCCAGCCCAGCCGGCUCGUCCAUCACCAGCUGCUCGGAGGAGCAGCCGCGGGGCAGCCCCCUGCAGCCCACCGAGUACUACCUGUUCCAGAGGCCCGACAGCGACACCGACUGCUCGCGGGAGGAGUCGCAGGGGGAGGCCGAGAAGGGCGCCAUCGAGGGGCAGGUGUACGUCAACGUCUCGCCGCCCACCCUGGCCGGCCCGCGGAGGCAGCGGUCCCGCAGCUACGACCGCAGCCUGGACCGCAGCCCCACCGGGCGGCUGGGCUCCCUGGAGCGCAUGAUGAGCUGCCCGGUCCAGCUGAGCGACGGCCCUGCGCUGCCCUCCCAGGGCUCCCCGCCCAAGCGGGUCACGUCCUUUGCAGAGCUGGCCAAGGGCCGCAAGAAGACGGGCUCCUCUCCCCCGCUGCGCACCAGCAGGGACUCUUCCCUGGAGUUCUCCCCCAUCCCCGAGUACCAGAGGGACGGAUCUGUCUUCCUGGAGGGCCAGGCCAGGCACAGCCAGAGCCUCCCAUCCCACGCCCUCAACCGCAGCUGCGAGGGCCACCGUGGUGCCGAGAGGGGGCUGAGCACCCCCAGGAAGGGCCUGGGCUCCAGGGAGAUGCCUUCCUGCGGGCAGGAGGGGCCCGCGCAGCCGUUCUUCUCUGCCUUGAUGGAGCAGGGGUCUGCCAGCGGCCUUGGCCAGAAAGACAUUCGUGCCCGAGCUGAUGGUAAGCCACUGCCCUGGGUGACGGGCGCGCUGCUUCUCUCUCGCAGCUGGUGGAUAGUGCGUGUUUGUCUGAAUGCUGGAAGGGGGGCACUCGGCUCAAUGUCUCCUCCUCCUGGGAUUCCUGCAUUGCAGGGGGUCAGUCUAGAUGGCCCUUGGGGUCUCCUCCAGCUCAACAAUUCUAGGAUCCUGUGAUUCAGCUGAGGCUUUUAAAGAGAGGUUGGGUGGCCCACUGUCAGGGAUGCUCAAGUUGUAAUUCCUGUGUUGCGGGGAGUUGGACUAGAUGGCCUUUGGGGGCCCAUUAUAACUCCAGAAUUAUGUAAUUCUAUAAACAUGGCUUCCCCCAAAGGGUGAUGAUGGGCAGGAUGACGCUUUUCAGGCAGGCUACCUGCAGGGGACCAGCCCUCGGGGCCAGCAGGGGACAUUUCCUCCCAGGCCAGAACAUCCUUGUGGGUGAACUGGGGGUCCUGAUCUGGAUUGGGGCCACUUCUUGUCUGAUGGGGGGGUAUUGGGGUGUCUGGGAGGGACAGCACGGCUCGUUCGUGGCUCCCCAAAGAGCCGCAGGGAGGCCCAGUGCUGAGGGGAAGACUUUGCAUGCAGUGGGGCUGGACCACGUGGGGAGCUGUGGACGCACCCCACUGCCUCUGGGUGCAGCCACCACACAGCAGACAAUGCCCCAGAGGCGGAACCAGCAGUGAGGCGGCAGCUGCAGCCAUUUGGUCUGAAUUAAAGGGCCUUGUCUUUUUAUGUACGGAGAGGUUAGUGUGGUGGUUUGGGGAGGGGAGCCAACUCUCCGCUCUGAGGCAAGCCUCUGAAACUUAAAAUGCAAAGCAAAAAAUCCAAAUACCCAAAGAUCAAUGGGGAAAAUACAGGGGUGAUGGCCAGAAUGCCCUUUUCAAAUUAGAACAAAUGAAGAGCCCACUGGAUCAGGCCUGUGGCCCCUCUAGUUCACAAUGGCUGUCGAGACACAAACAGGAUUUGAGGACAAGAGAACUUUCCUCUCUGGUUAUCCCAGCACUGCGCCCUUUGGGGAGGCAAAGAGUCCAUGGAUGUGUGGCUUGGGCACUUGGCGGGCUGUGUGUUGGCCCCGGGGUGCUGUGCUCCCUCACCUCUUGGCCUCUGCUGGUCUGGGGCUCAGGCAUCCUGGGCGACCAGCACUGGAACAAGGAGGAGAUUCCUAGCUUUCUUUUGACAGCACCCGGCCCAAAGGGCAGCCUCUGUUCUGGAGAAACAUCUCCCAGAGGUUUGCAGCGAAACCUUUCUCCUGAUUUCUGUUGCCUGCUUGAUGCCACCGUGUGACUUGGUUUGCUGAGGAUCUGAAAUGUGCCCACAAGGGCCAGAUCCCUGGCUGGUCUUGCCGUCCAACGGCAGGUGAGCAGAGAAGGAAGGGAAGGGGUGGCUCUGGGGGUGCAAAGAGCCUCCUUGGGAGAGGAAGAGAGGGGGGCAGGCUUUGCUCGGAAGCCACACAGCACCCUCCUGCGGCAGGAACGGGCCCCGAUCCCAAAGCCUGCCCAGUAUUUGUUUUACAACUCCUCUCAAAUCCUUUACUCUCGAGAAGGUGGCUUGUCCAGCCCCCUGCCAGAGAGAUCCAUGCUCGGGAGCACUUAGACCAGAGGCUCCUCAGUCCACCCACCACUGUCUGGACAUUCCCACUGCCCUUUCGCACCCUGGACCAGGAAGGGCCCUGGCCUCAAAGAUGCUCCCUGGCCCUUCCUGGCCUCAAGGGCAGCUUUGCCUCCACUCUUCUCUGCACUCCCUUCAGUUUGGGGCCCUGGCACCCCCCCUCGGUCUGCUGUGUCUUUUCUUCUUUUUAUAAGGAAGAAUACAAAGAUUAUUGUUAAUAAGAAUAAGAAUAAUAUACCUUGCCCUCCCUGGCCAGAGCCGAGCUCAGGGCGGCUAACACCAGUAAAAUUACAAUAAAAACAUAAUGGGGGAAAAAACACAAUUUAAAAUACAGGUUAAAAUGCAAUUUAAAAUGCAGCCUCGUCUUAAAAGUAGCCCAUGGAUCAGAACCGUAACGGGACGGAAAACAUAAGGGUCAGACUGAGUCCAAACCAAAGGCCAGGCGGAACAGCUCUGUCUUGCAGGCCCUGCGGAAAGAUGUCAAGUCAUGCAGUUGAAUAUUCUCUCUCAUUUUUGGCCAAACUAAAACAUUAAUCUAAAGGCAAAAAAGAGAGAGAGGAGAGGGAAGGGAGGGAGGGAGGGAGGGAGGGAUAAAAAAAGGAAUAGAAAAAGAUUUAGAAGAGAGAGAGAAAGCGAAGUUAAGAAGCUAAAGAACUUCCGGUUCUUGGCCUGUCCGCUAUAUAUAAACAUCAUUUUCUUCAUUCACUCCAGCAUAACACCUAAUAACCCCCCCCCCUUGGUCUACUUGCGGCUGCCACCCAGUUUCCUAUGGGGAGGCUGCUAGUGGGACUCCCCAGUUCCCUACCUUCCCGGGGCUCCUGGCAGGACCAGAGACCUUGCUUGGAGGCAGGAAUUGUCCCCCUUGGAGAGAUCUCUGUCCAAAGCAGCUCCGAGUCGUCUCCCAAGUGGGAGCAGCCGCUGGCCUGGAGGCGAAGAGCUGAAAGGGGAGAAGCUGGUCUUGUGCUCCAGCAGGAGGAGACCCUCGUGUUGCGCAGCUGGGCUCCCAUUUCAGGGAGGGGCCAAGGCACUGCUCUCCGCCUUCCUCUCCCAGGGAAGCAAAACACCUCCAGCUGCCGGGAGCGCCAGCCCAGGACAUCCCAAGUGAAAAGGUCUGGAGGGACUGGGGGUGUUGGGGGAGCCCCUCUUGCAUGAGGAGGAAGAGGAGGCAAACAUGCCUGGCCACCAGAGGGGCAGAUUCUGCCCUUGCAGCCCCCAUUGAGGGGUGUGGGGUUCUCUUGCUGGCCCUUGCUGGUUCAUAUGGACCCCCUUCCAAGAGGGUCCAGGGCAGAGGCUCAAACCCCCAUAGCCCCCCCUACACAUAGAUGGUUCAGGGGGGAAGGGGGCUGUGAAUCAGCGUGGGUGGGGGAAGGGAGGGCCCUGGUUCUGCCCCCCCACUGCUGACUCCUGCUCACCCACCCAUGGGACGCUUUUGGAGCCUCCCUGCUCCAUCCUUCCAGCUUGAUGCGGUUUUUCCAGUGCCUCCUCCAGCACAGCCCCAGAGAAGCUGUUCUCCCCUUUUCAGAUGCUUGUAUGAAAUGCUGAUUGGAUCCAAGGAUCUGGUGAUCUUAGCAGGAUGCGCCUGAUUGCUUUGUCCAGGGGCAGAACUGGGCUGGCUCAUGGCUUCCCUUUCGACCACGGCUUGGUCCCAAAAAGGCCUUCAGAUAUUCCAAUUAGCACCACUAAUGACUUGCCCAGCACCUUCUGAGAGCUCUGACUGCUUGGCGCACGCAACGGCAGCCUUGAAACCCAUACAACGGCCCUGCCAGGUUGGCCUGCGCCAUUCUCCGAGGCUGAGCGAGGCUUGCUUGCCUAGGCAGAUGCCAAAGUCCUUCCAGGGGCGGCCAGACCUGUGGCUCUGACAGGAGCUGCCAGUUGAGCCCUCAUCCUGCUUUGCCUGACAUUUUCCGGGGCAUUUUCCCUCCGCCGGGAUAUUAGGCAGCCUCUGUCGCCUUCUUGGCACCUGCUGAAGCCCUUCCUCUUCCAACGAGCCUUUUAAGCGGAGAUCUUUCCUGCUCUCCAUCUGCUUUGAAGUUGUUUGUAAGGUGCUUUGGUUGCUUUCUCACUUUGUGGGCUCCUCUGGGAGGAAGGAUGGGGCGUACAUUUAAUAAUAAAUAAGCUGGGACAGUUCAGCGAUGCCUUCAGCUGACUGAGAGCCAGCAGUGCACCCUGGUUUGCUGCCUUGCUGGUUUUCAUUCAUCGGGCACCUGGGGGAUCCCUCCUGGGCUUGGCGCUGGCCUGGCCUGGUCUUCUUUCCCAGGGUUGGGGGCUGGGGGGCUGCUGCCCCUGAGCCAGAGGACCAGGCAGGGCUCUGCCACCACAACCCUCGGGGGGCCGCAGCAAAUAUGAAGGGGGGCUUUCAAGGCAGGGGCAGGAGAGGGAAACUGAACUGCAGAGGGUUGAACUAGAUGAUGUUGUAAACAAAAAUCCAAGAGCCCAUAUGGAGUCCUUACGUAGGUUCCCUAUUGGUAGGAGAAAAUAACUGAGCCCAACCAGAGAAUAUUGAGAAGCAAAGCAGCUAGUAAGCCUGAUCUUUAUUGAUCUGUUGCAACAGGGUCCCCCGCUCACCCCACGCAGGAGGGAGGAGGAACCCAGAACUAUGGUGUGCAAGCCCUUAUACAGACUUUUGAAAUUGCCUCAGAUACAUCAUAACUACAUCACAGAAAUCUGAGUGCUUUGUUUACCUCUUGUCUGCCAGGUUACCUGUUUAAUGGUCACUUGAUUGGAUUGCCUGGGGAGCCUGGCCAGUCUUUUGUAAUGAUAAAUACUUAGUUCCUGAGCCAGGUCACAGGCUCACACCCUAUUCAUAUCUUAAAUGUGCCCUUAAUACAGGAUUUGUGAAGGAAAAGACAAUGGAGAGGCUUUUCCAUUUUCCUUUGACCUUGCAGAGAAAACAUUUGCUCAGUUUGGGAAUCAAAAAUGGUUUCAGGUCGGUCUUCCUGUGGUGAUCUAUGUACGUACUUGGUUGGUACAUUUAUGAACAUUUAAUAUAUAUCUGAGACCUUAAAAUUCUUAUCACAAUGACCCUUGGGGCCUUCCAGCUCUUCCAAGUCAAUGUGAAGAUCCAAAAUGUGGCCGGAAUCAAGAGGGAGGUGGGUGGCUUCUCUGUCCAGUUGGAGGUACAGUGGUACCUUGGUUGUCAAACUUAAUCCGUUCCAGGAGUCCAUUCGACCCCCAGAACGGUUCAGAAACCAAGUUGCGGCUUCCAAUUGCACUUCCUGUACUCAAUCAGAUGUUUGGCUUCCAAAAAACCUUCACAAACUGGAACACUCACUUCUGGGUUUUUGAUGUUUAGGAGCCAAAACGUUUGAGUCGCAAGGCGUUCGACAACCAAGGUACAGAAGAGGUGGCCUGAGCUUGUCUUUAGGGAACUUCUCAGAGCUGUUAAGGACAACGUUGUGGGUUGGAAGAGGCUUCUGUGGGAUUCCAGGAGCCUCUUUCCCUGGACCAUGGAAAGUGGAGUCCAGCAGAGCUGAAGGGGCCAGUCGGCCUUGGCAAGAGGCUUGACCAUCCGGGAGGAGGCUCCUUUCUGCCUGCCCCCCCCUUCUCUGCUUCCCUUUUGCUCCAAGGGGCACAUUGACCCAGAGGCUCCGAAAGGGGCUGCCUGUGUGAUUCUCCUGGGAGGGUCACGCCAACCUCGGGGAGAUGCCCAGAGCAGCACCUGCCAGGCUGCUUCUGACUCAGGUUUCCAGAGUGAUAGAGGCACUUAGACUGGAGAGCGUCUGUGUUGGGCAUCAUUUCACGGACAUUUAUGCCAAAGACGGAGCCUUUCACUGCAAAAAGUAACACACACAGGGGCACCAACUUGAAUAAAAUAUUGGGGGGGGGGCCUCAGGUAAGCCCUGACCCACAUAAUCGAUUACAUGGCAUGGGGCAUGCACACCACGUGAAUGGCAGUGCCCUUCAACUGGAGGGGGGCUGGCUCCCUCAAAUACUUCAUUGGGGGGUUGGAGAGCCCUCGGCCCCAUGGAGUUGGCUCCUAUGCGCAGUGGACGCUUCCAGCUAACUGUUCAUUGAGCGUCCAUCCUGAUGUGAGUGCAGAGGGAUGAGGUGAGAGUGGCUUUUUAAGUCACUCUGCUGGAAACCGCAGGAGGGAAAAGUGGCUCUUGCGCUUGUGUGUUUCCAGGAGAGCAGGAGGCUGGCUGAGAUGGGGCCCCUUGGGCCUGAUCCAGCAGACUCUUCUCAUGCUCUUAAGGCUGUUGUGCCACCCAGAGGCAGUCUGUGAGGGUUCCAGCUGUUAUAAGAAAAACUGCUCCCUUUUCCUUACAGGGUAUUCCAGAACCCAUGUAGACUCCUUAAGUGGGUUCCCUACCGGGAGGAGAAAAUAGCAGAGGCCAACCAGAGUAUAUUGAGAAGCAAAGCAGCUAGUAAGCCUGAUCUUUAUUAAAGGAAAUAAACUAUUGCAACAGGGUCCCCCCUCACCACAUGCAGGAGGGAGGAGAACCCCGAACAGUGGUGCACAAGCCCCUAGAUAGAAUUUUGAGAUUGCCCACCCUGUAAUCCAAGACCACCCCCCAAAACAUCAUACAUAUAUCACAGAAGGAGGCAGUCUCCAGCAGAAAUUUGAGAGUGUUGCUUCUCUCCUGUCUGCCAGGAUACCUGAUAAGGCCUUACUUGGUUGCCUUUUCUGGGUAGCCUGGCCAUUCCUUUGAGAUGGUAAAUACUUCCUGAAUCUCUUACGCAUAUUGAGAGUGUGCUCAGCUGAACAGAUAUUUGCCAGACUGUAUUUACAGGGAGAUGUAAGCAGCCCCUACAGUCCAAAGACCACUGGAAAGCUUUCCCCUUCUCCUUCCUCCUUGCAGAGAAAUAUUUGAGGUCCAUUUGGGCGAGUCAAAAUGGCUUCAGGGUUGUUCUCCUGUACUAUUUCAGACACGUGGUUUAUAUACUUGUGCAUGUGUUUGCCUUGUACAUUUAUGAACAUUUAUGUUUUGUUUGAGACCUUAGAAUUCUUAUAAAACUACAUCCUUAGAGAUAUUUGUCCUUAGAGAUAUCCUUAGCCCCCUUUGGCCUGAUCCAGCUAUCUCUUCUCAUGCUCUUAUGGAACUUCCAGCUCCAGAGGCAGUCUAUCUGCAGUCCAAUCUUCUAUGGGGCCUUUGGUGCUGGGAGAAGAGGAGCCUGGGUCCCUGGUGUCCUUUCACGCUGUCUCUCUCUCCCUCUGCAGGCGGCGCAGCGGACAGCAAGUCGGUGGUGCGCUACAGCAAGGCCCAGCGCCCGACCACCCUGCCCAUCCAGCCCUUUGUGUUCCAGCACCACUUUGCCAAGCAGCCCAAGGCACGGGCCUUGCACAGCCACUUUGCCGCCAGCCUCUCCCAGCUCUACAGCCGCUCGGCCGCCAGCCAGACUCUCUCCUCCGCCUCCCAGUCUUCAGCCUCCGCCACCUCGGCCGAGAUGGUGGUCCAGGCGGCGGCCCUGGGGCACGGCCAGCGCUCAGCGGACGGGGCGGCCUCCCUGGGGGACGGCUGUGCCAGGAAGCCCGUGCCGGAGACCACGCGCCCGUCCCCGCUGGGCAGCUACUCCCCCGUGCGAAACAACGUGCCUUUUUUCCAGAGCGCGGACUCCUCCUCGUCCUCCUCCUGCUCGCCGGGCAAUGAGAGCCACCCGCCCCGGAGCAGGUCUUGCCCGGUCUCCGCCAACCUCCUGCCAGCCGGGACUUCCCCUCCCGCAGGAAGCCAGGCUGCCAACCUCGGCAGCAACGCCAACGGCACCACCCUCCUGGCCAAGAAGGAGAGCCCCCCGCCCGCGCCCACGAAGGCUGCCGUGCUGCUGCCGGAACUGGAUGCCCCUGUGCCCGAGCGCCAGCUCCACUGCAGCACCGCCCUGCCUCCCCUGAUGCCCCCCGGGCUGAUCCUGGCCAGGCCAGGCGACCAUGGGGAGCCCCAGUGGCCCCUCGGCUGCAGCGAGGCUCUGGGCGCAGGAUCGCUGGGCCCUCGGCCGCUCAAUGGUGGGUAGCCGGUCCAGAGACGGUCAUGCAGCAGAGCGGUGGGGUGUUGGGGAAAAGAUCUGGGAGUGUGCAUGGUUUUUUUGGGGGGGGCUAUGCCAUUUUCCUUCAUUGCUGGGGCCCCCAAAACACUGGGUGUUGGGAGGAGAUAUCGGCUGCCAUUGUCAGGCUGCCAGCGCCAGGCUGGGUGGGUCCUGCUUUUGGGGAACGCGUGCCAAGGCACCAUCUCUGGGCCAAGGGUCCCACUGCCUGUGAGUGAGGGUCCCCCCCUGUAACCUCCCCCUGGGGAGCAGCCGGUGGAGGGCAGAGGAUGGGUGUGUCUGUCUUUGGCCAAGGCCUGGCUCCAAUCCUGGGGGUGCACUGACUCCUGUCCUUUCACGCCUCUCCAACUCCCCUCCCUGGGAAAGCCAGGCUGUGCCGGAACUGAGACACAUCCUGCAUUGUAGGGGGUGGGCUAGAUGACUCUAGGGGCCCCUUUCAACAGUUCUAGGAUUCUGCAGAAUAUGCCUGUGUGCAUGUGUGCAAAAGGCCUCUGAAGCAUCAGAUGGCCGGGGGUCCCUGCAGCCUCCUCUGCCCAGAUGCCUCCUGCCCCACCUGCCCCGCUCAGGUGUGCCCUCCAGGUGUGUUCCCCCUGCACCUUUUGGGGGGGCUCCACCGCUUGAACAACCCGAUGCUGCUGCUGCUACUAACUGCCUGUCUCUGUUCCUGCCUCCUCCCCUUUGCCCCCCCUGCUUUUCUGCCCCUCUCCUUCUCCCCCAUCUCUCCUUCCGGCUGCCCCCUGCCUCGUCCCGGGUCCCCCCCCCAGCCAACCACCUCUCUCCGCAAGCCCUCAAGUGGCGGGAGUACCGGCGGAGGAACCCCCUGGGCCUGGACCGCAUUUCGGGGCUGGCCGGCAGCCUGGACUGGAAGCAGCCAGAGGGCAGGCUGCCCUGGAGGAACCCCAUCUUCGAGCUCCCCUUGAGCACGGGCCGCGCCAGCUGCAGACUCAACGGUGGGCCCCCUCCUCCCGUGGGGCUGUGGCAGCCAGCGAGCGGCUCUUCCCUCUGGGGGGGGAGGGGGGCUGAAAGGGGGCCUUGGAGGGACCCCCUAGAAGGGCAGGAUGGAAGGGGAGGACUCAGCAGCGGGCCAUGAAUGCCAGCCCCCUGUCUCUGAAAUCAUAUACCGUAUUUUUCGCCCUGUAAGGCGCACCCGACCAUAAGACACACCUAGUUUUUAGAGGAGGAAAACAAGAAAAGCCAGCAAGAGCCGCAGACACGCUCGCUCGGCGUGGCUCUUUAAAGGUAGAGCGGCUCUUGCUGGCUUUUCUGGGAGGUGGGAGAAGGGACUGACGGGCUGCCCUCCAUCCCUUCUCCCACCUCCCGGAAAAGCCAGAGCAAGCUGCACAGCUAUCGCUGAAGCCAGCAGACCAAGAGCUGUGCUGACUUCAGCGAUAGCUGCGCAAAGCCUCUUCAGCCAGCACAGCAAGAGGGAGAGCUGCCCAGCGCCUCUUGGUCUGCUGGCUUCCCAGCGAAGCAGGAUGAGGGAUGGGAAGGAGCCCUUACGGAGCCCCUUCCGUCUCUCAUCCUGCUUCGCUGGAAAGCCAGUGACCCAGAAGUACUGCGCAGCUCUCCCUCUUGCUGUGCUGGCUUCAGCGAGAGCUGUGCAGCCUGCAUUCGCUCCAUAAGACGCACACACAUUUCCCCUUGCUUUUUAGGAGGAAAAAAGUGUGUCUUAUGGAGUGAAAAAUAUGGUAUUUAUUUCACGUAUAUCCCACCUUUUCCUCCAGGGAUCUCAAACUGGCAGGCACGGCUCUUCCCACUCCUCAUUUAAUGCCCACAACAGCCCUGCGAGGUAGGCCAGGCUAGCCCACGAUGGCAGCCAGGGAGCUUUGUGGCCGACCCAGAGCCCAAGGGAAGCCAGUGGGCCUUGAGGAUGCCCUUGUGUGCCCAGGCUGGUGGAGUGGCAGCCCAGCUGUUACCUUUGCAGGGACUAGAUCAGGCAUGUCCAACCGGUCGAACGCCACCUACCUGUCGAUCGCGGGGCGUUCCUGGUCGAUCACGGCUGAUGGCGUGACCCUGAUUGAUCAUGGCACGCCGCGCCCCCGUUGCUCUUUCCCCUUGCUGCCGCCAGCGCUUUUGUGAUUGCCUUAUUUUCCUGCAUCUGUGGGGAAAGUGUGUGACGGAGUGAGAGCUGCAGGCUGUAGGGUGAGCGAUUUAAUGCAGCUUUGGUCUCCCUGCAUGAAGAAAGCUCAAGAACUUUGGUCUCUCCACCCCAAAAAAGCUCAGCUACUAUGUGCAAUGACAAUGGGCAGAUCACUCCCAGUUUUACUGUACUAGGGGUAGAUCGCGGUCUCUAUAGAGUUGGACGUACCUGGACUAGAUGGAGAGACAGGGUGGCAGCCUUGGAACAGCAACUGAUUCGGAUUUAAGGCAUUCAUGGCUUGGUCUUUAGCCAUCCCCCCGAUAAGGACAGAGCCAGCGAAAUGCCAGUUUGGUCCCUCAGGGCAGAGGCAGGAGCUGUGCAGGGCGAGGCAAAACCCGCCCGGCCCCUGGUAUCACCCAAGCCCUUCCUAGGAUGUUGCUGCAGGGAAAUGUCCCUGGACGUUGCCCAGGAGAGACCCCUCCCAGUCUCAGUAGGUCCUCCUGGCAGGGCAGGAAGUCUCCCUCUGUCCCUCCCCUCCCCAGGGAGCUGCUCUCCCCUUUUCUGUGGGGAAACUGAGGCUGGAGGUGAAGGCUGGCUGACAACAGGCCCCUCCAGCCCCAGAGCCAACACUCGUUCCUUCAGGAGGGAUAAAAGAAAGGCCUUCUUCACGCAGCGCAGUGUUGAACUAGGGAACUCCCUGCCACAGGGAUGGCCACCCACUUGGGUGGAUUUAAAAGAGAAUUCGACAAAUUCAUGGAGGAUCGAUCUCUCCCAGUGGCUACUAGCCAUGAAGACCAUACUCUGCCGAUAGUCAGAGGCAGCUUUACUUCUGGAUCCUGGUUGCUAGAAACCACAGGAGGGGAGAGUUGCUCUUGGGUUCGAAUCCUGCUUGUGGGUUUCCCAUGGGGGCAUCUGGGUGGCCACUGUGGGGACAGGAAGCUGGAUUAAAUGGGCCCCCUUUGGCAUGAUCCAGAAACAGGGCUCUUCUUUUGCUCUUACAUUAUUAUUAUUAUUAUUAUUAUUAUUAUUAAUACAGUCAUACCUCGGGUUCAAGUAGCUUCGGGUAAAUCAUUUUUGGGUUGCACUCCACAGCGACCCGGAAGUAACGGAGCGCGUUACUUCCGGGUUUCGCCACUCGCGCAUGCGCAGAUGCUCAAAAUGACAUCAGGCGCAUGCGCGGAAGCGGCAAAUUGCAACCCACAGACGCGGGUUGCGUUCACUUCAGGAUGCAAACAGGGCUCCAGAACGGAUUCCGUUUGCAUCCAGAGGUACCACUGUCAUAAUAACGACAAUAGCCUGCCAUCUGGCUAGGUUGUCCCAGCCACUCCACGUGUCACAGAGGAGCCGGAUCUGACCUUGCCCGUCUCCUUCCCCUCCUCUGUCCCUGCAGGACAUUCCCUGAAGCAGCCGCAACUCAACUACUCCGACUUCUUCCCGGACUACUUCUCCUUGGCGGAAAAACCCCCGGCCGAAUUCUGCCUCUCUCCAGACGGCAACACAGAGUCCAUCUCCAUCGAUCUGCUGCAGAAGAAGGGUGAGGCCCCGGCAGCAUCUGUGGGGUGCCAGGCAGGGAAGUGGGGCUUCUGCCCCCCCUGCCCUUCAGCCAGACACAGCUGAGCAAAGGGCUUGGGGGCUCAGUUUGAGUGGCGAUUGACAGACAACACCCCAAAAGUGUCCCCAAAGUGCAUGAGGAGCCCAGAUGAAGGAAGGAGAGUGUGGGGAGGAGGGGGCUACCUGCUGGGCGCCGUAUCAGGGGCUGGGGGGCUCCUCCUGCAGUCACGUUUUUUGCCAUGUCCCAACGACAAGGACCUGGGAGAGACCAGGGUUCGAAUUUCCUCUCAGCACAUGAAGCUCACUGGGCGACCUUGGGCCAGUCGCUGCCUCUCUCAGCCCAACCUGCCUCGCAGGGUUGUUGUUGAGGAAGAUGUUGUAAACAAAAAUCUGCUCUUUCCCCUUAUGGGGUAUCCAAGAGCCCAUAUAGAGGUUCCCCGUUGGUAGGAGAAAAUAACAGGCCAACCAGAGAAUAUUGAGAAGCAAAGCAGCUAGUAAGCCUGAUCUUUAUCGAUCUGUUGCAACAGGGUCCUUGUUCACCACACGCAGGAGGAGGAGGAACCCAGAACAAUGGCACGCAAGGCCUUAUAUAGACAUUUUCAAUUCCCUGCCCUGGAGCUCAAGACCACCCCCCAAAUACAUCAUACCUACAUCACAGAAGGGGUGUAACCCAAGACCCCCACAAAUAUCAUACCUACAUCACAGAAAGGGCGGUCUACAGCAGGAAUCUGAGUGCUUUGUUUACUUCCUGUCUGCCAGGUUACCUGUUUAAUGGUCACUUGAUUAGAUUGCCUGGGGUGCCUGGCCAGUCUUUUGUAAUGAUAAAUACUUAGUUCCUGAGCCAGGUCACAGGCUCACACCCUAUUCAUAUCUUAAAUGUGCCCUUAAGACAGGAUUUGUGAGGAAAGAGACAAUGUGGAGGUUUUCUACUUUGUCCUUGCAGAGAAAACAUUUGGUCAGUUUGGGAAUCAAAAUGGUUCCAGGUUGGCCUUCCUGUGCUGAUCUAUGUACGUGCUUGGUUGGUACACUUAGGAACAUUUAACAUAUAUCUGAGACCUCAAAAUUCCUGUCACAAGGGGGAGCACCUCCUUGAGCUCCUGGGAGAAAGAGAUGAGAAACAAAUAAAUGAGUAAAAUUAUAAUCUCUCCCCCUGCCUCCCGCUUCAGCUACCAGCAGUUGUGGGAGAUGGCCUGUGUGGGGAGAGUUAGCGCUCCAGCGCAUGGGCCAAAUCCAGUCGCUUCCUCCCCUCCCAGCACAGAACAAGUCUUUGGGAAAUUUAUCCGAGUGGCCCAUCUUUGCAUGUUCCAGAUGGCAGCAGCCUCGCUUGGGCACUGAAGCGCUUGAACACGUUUGGGGGCUGAGCCUCGCCCCCAAUCUGGACUCUCUCUCUCCCCUACUCAAGUGUAGGGGAUAGGCGGGCCGCCUCUUCCAUUGCAACUGGGCAGGAAUUCCUGCUGGCUCCUGGAACCAGGAUUCUCCCAGAGUUCUCAAAGAUAAUAGAAGCAGCAGGAUUACACCCUCAGAUCUUCAGGUUUCCUGCAUUUCAGGGGGGCGAGGGACACACCAGAUGGAGCUCUGCAAUUCUAGGAUUCUUGGAGUUUUAUCCAAGAAGGAAACUUCUGGGGGUGGACUUCCUGGGACCUUCUCUGCAGUGUGGGGCAGGCGAGGGAUGCAUGGUGAGGGUCCUCACCCACCUGCCCUCUUUUCCCGCACCCCAGGUCUCGUCAAGGCGAUCAACAUGGCUGUGGAUUUGAUUGUGGCGCAUUUUGGGACCAGCAGGGAUCCUGGGGUGAAGGUGAGCCCCAACGUUCCUCCUUUUCUCCCUCUGCCUCCCCUCCCCUUCCUUGGGUCUAGGUCACCAGGAGCAGCCAGGAUCCUCCAGGGGCCCCAGAGCCCUUCCCUGCCUUUCAAGACAUGGCCACCACCAUCGCUGCCGCCCCCCCCCCCAGCCCCUGUCCCUUUAGCACAAGUAGGAAGAGCCUGUCCUGGAUCAGGCCACCGGCCCACCUAGUCCAGCAUCCUCUUCUCACAGUUGUCCGUGGGGAACCUGUGGGAAUGUUCAGGGAUGCAGGAGACGAUAUAUUGUCUGAUUAUAGCCUUUCCAACUUGUGUAAACAAGUUCCACAAUUUAGCAGAGUAACAUUCCCCCUUUUAAACUUGCAGCGGAUGCGUUUGCUCAGGCUCGCUAAAGCCUCUAUAAUAACUGUUCUGGUAUUUCCCCCUUAUUCCCUCAUAAAAGAUAAGACACGACACAGUCUUCUAUAAAAGUAUAAAAAGGUUUACUCACACAUCAUUCUGUUCUCAAUAGGAUCCCAGAAGGCAGACUUAGCUUAGAAAAGUAACAUACACUUGGAAACUAUCUCAUAAGGAGACAGUCCCUUUGUCCUCUCUUGGCUGGAGGCCUAGAGAGCAUCUUUGGCUAAGCAGAUGUUGCUUCUUCGAUGCAUGUAGUCAAAAGAGAGAGACGGCUGCCCUGCCCUGUGCUUUUGUUGUUACCUGCACAAGUGAGGCCACGCCCACUUCUAGUCACAUGCAGAGGAAGUCUGUCUCAGCCCAGAAGGAAACAGGAAGUUUACCUGCUGGCUGGACAAACAUUCCUCCCCUUGUGUAAACAUGUUCACUCUAGGAAUGUUGUACUUGACUGCUCUUGUGUUUCACAUCCCAUAGAACCAGCAAGCAGGAUUCAAAUCCAGGGUGUUCUCUUAACCCUCUUUUAAAGCCAUCACUGCCUCCAGUGGGAGGGAGUUCCAUAGCUUCACUCUGUGUUGCAUGAAGCAGUUGUUCCUGCUGGCAAAGUGCUUCCUUUUCUCCCUCCCGAGUCUUCCAACGCUCAGCUUCGUUAAUGAUCAGGAGAGCGGUGGGCAAGCGGGGAGACGAGGCCAGAGGGGGUCGCAUGGUUUGCCAGGUCCCAGGUCAGCUCCCAAAGAGGAGCCCUUUGUGAGUCAGGAUCUGGACCCCUUCCUCUCCUUGAGGAGAAGCCUUUCUUGCAGCAGUCCUGGGCAAAUCUUCAUAGGAAAACCUGGCAGGAGACUAGGAACCCAAGCCUAUUGAAUCCCAGGCUGUGGGUGCAAGGGGACUCUGCAGAAUCUUGAAAAAGAAUACAGUCAUACCUCUUGUUACGUUUGCUUCAGGUUGCGCGUUUUCAGGUUGCGUCCCAUGGCAACCCGGAAGUACCGGAAAGGGUUACUUCUGGGUUUCGCCACUCGCUCAUGCACAGACGCGCAAAAUGACGUCAUGCACAUGUGCAGAAGCGGCGAAUCGCGACCCAUGCAUGUGCAGACACGGGGUGCGUUCCUUUCAGGUUGCGAACGGGGAUCCGGAACGGAUUUCGUUUGCAACCAGAGGUACCACUGUACUGUAGCUCCCUCGGGGAGUUGGAUAUGUUUAGCCUGGGGAAGAGGAGACUGAAGGUGGGACAACACACAGGGGGGGAAAUGCUAUAAACAAAUCAGAAAUUAGAUCGUUAUAACAAAAGGGGGAAAAACCCUAUGGAAAAACAUGUAUAAAAAUUCUCUGCUCUCUGGCGCCAUCUGGUGUUGCAUGUUUAUAGCACAUUCAAACAGUUGUGUCUUUGCUGAGUCCUGAGAGGAGAUCUCAGGGGCUGUCAGAGGGAAGAUGGAGCCAGCUUCUUUUCUCCUGCUCCGUAUGGUAGCACCAGAACCAGCGUGGUGGACUUUCCUCCACUGGAGGUUUUUAAAAAAGAGCUUGGCCAUCUGUCAGAGAUGCUUCAGCUGCGAUUCCUGCACUGCAGGGGGUUGGGCUUGAGGACCAGAUAGAUCAUUCAGUAGAGCAUGAAACUUAAUCUCGGGGUCAAGGGUUCGAGCUUUGCCUUGGCCCAGAGAUUCCUGCGAUGCAGGGGGUUGGCCUAGAUGACCCUGGGGGCUCUUCCACUUCUGCAAUUCUGUUAUUUGAUGACCAGCACGCUCUGCCAGUUGGAAAUGUGUCUUGCAGCGGGAGGGUUUUGUUUCCCAGAGACGGGCAUGUUUGGCAAGGGAGCCUCGCCUGUUCCUGGAAAGGCUGAGACAUCAGCAGCCGCGUGACUCUGCCCUGUUCCUCAAACUCCCUCCCGGCUCCAGCUCCCCCCCGCCCCUCCCUGCCAGGGUUUAUGUCUUGCUUAUUUAUAGUAAUCCUGAGGAUUUGCAGCCAAGACAGGUCACAGCCUUGAGCGUCCCUUAACGCUGCGGAGCUUGAGGCUUCUGCAGUUUGGUCUGGGCCGAGUUCAAGUCUGGUUUCUCCUUAAUCUUACUGCUCUAAUCCCGUCUUAUCUGGUGGGGGCGGAAACCCUGACCGGGGGUUGGGGGGAGAGCUUGCAAGGAGACGCAAGGAAUCGAGCACACUGACCAAACAGGCUGGGCGGGGGGCGUUGCUCCAGAUCCCCCUUGACUGAUUGUGUGGCCUUGGCCAAGUCACUUCUCAAAGUUUCUGCUUGCCAAAGGGAAAGGAUGGGGCCUCCUCUGCAGGGGUGUUGUGAGUCAUCGGCCUGGGGGAAAGUGCUCUGGGGUGCAUCUGUGGGAAUGUUCAGGGAUGCAGGAGAGGAUAUAUUGUUUGAUUAUAGCCUUUCCAACUUGUGUUAACAAGUUCACAAUUUAGCAGAGUAACAUUCCCCUUUUUAAACUUGCAGCGGAUGCGUUUGCUCAGGCUCGCUAAAGCCUCUAUAAUAACUGUUCUGGUAUUUCCCCCUUAUUCCCUCAUAAAAGAUAAGACACGACACAGUCUUCUAUAAAAGUAUAAAAAGAGUUUACUCACAUAUCAUUCUGUUCACAAUUGGAUCCCAGAAGGCAGACUUAGCUUAGAAAAGUAACACAUAUCUGGAAACUAUCUCAUAAAGAGACAGUCCCUUUGUCCUCUCUUGGCUGGAGCAUCAUUAGAGAGCAUCAAACAGGAUGAAUCUGAGCCUGGUCAGAUUUAUUGACCUGCCUAGUGCAGGAACACUUUGUCUCUCUGACUCUUGCUCACCUUUAAACCAGAGAUCAUAGAAUCGCAGAAUCACAGAAUUGGGAGGGACCCCUAAUUAUCCUCUAGUUCAACCUGCAGCAGUGAGUUCCGCAGGCUUAGGUUGGAAGGUCAAACAAGACUACAGCCAAGAAAUUGAAGCAAACCAGCGGUCGGAAGGCCUGAUCUUUAUUGUUGCAACAAAAUUCCAAACUACAACAUAGAAGAAGCGGAGAGUAGCCCCAAACAGUGGGUUAUGUCAGUUUUUAAAAGUUUCCCAUAAUACAUUUCCAGAAGCAUCAUCAAGACAUCACAGAGAUGUCACAGAAAAGGUGUGGUCUCAGGCAGAACCUGAGAUCCAGGCAUGCCCAAGUCACUCAAAUAUAGUCUUUCAGUCUUGCUCCAUCAAGGUACAAAGGAAAGCAUUUACGGUUCCCUGGUCCCUGAGUCAAGUCAAAUAGACCCCUUUGUCUUAUCUGGGCUUCUUCCCACUGGGACUUUAAAAGGGGGUUAAGAGAACACCCUGGAUUCAAAUCCUGCUUGCUGCUGUUCCUUAAAUUUAUUUAUUUUAUUAUCUUCUGCAUAGCCACAUUCAUUUAGUUUGCUCAUUUAAUUAUCUGCUUUAAAUAUAUACUCUUAUGAAACUGCAGGUUAUUUCAAUAAUCCUGCUAAUGCUUUUAUCUGUUCACAAUUUAUCUGUAAAUAUUCAAGACGUAAACCAUUUCCAUUCUUUUAUAAAAACUCGUUAUCUUGAUUUCUUAUUCUUCUGGUAAGUUUCACCAUUUCUGCAUAUUCCAUAAGUUUUUGUAUCCAUUCUUCCUUUGCUGGGACUUCUGCUUCUUUCCACUUUGGGGCAAGUCGCAUUCUUGCUGCUGUAGUAGCACACACAAAUAAAUUUCUAUACAAUUUAGGUAGUUCUGUCCCUAUGAUUCCCCAAAGAAAAGCUUCUGGGUGUGUGUGUUUUUAAUAAAAGUUAUUUUGAACAUCCUUUUCAAUUCAUUGUAUAUCAUUUCCCGAUAAACUUUUUUUUAAAAAAAUUAUUUUAUUAAUUUUCCAAAAACAACAAAAAGUAAAAAACAACAAUACAUAUUCAAACAUAGAAAAAAAUAGAGUUAACUUCCCCCUAUUCCUUUCCAUGGUUCUAUUGUUUAUCAUCAUACCACAUGUCCAUUUAAAAUUAUAAAAAUCAUUUAAUUAUAAAAUCAUUAAAAUUAGUUAUUGUCCAGCCAUAAUGUCUUUACGAGUAUUUUUAAAAUCCUGCUAAUGUAUUAACCUGUGUACACUGCUUCUGUAGAUAUGCAAUAAAGUCCUUCUAAUCUUCUUUAAAUUCAUUGUCAUCUCUUCCUCUUAAUUUCAAAGUCAAUUUUGCCAUUUCAGCAUAUUCCAUUAAUUUCAUUUGCCAGUCUUCUUUAGCUGAGACACGUUUCCCAGUAAGCUUUAACCUUCCUACCAGACCACCCCAUAUGGUCAAAAGAAUCUUCUUCCUCUGCCGUCCUCUGAUUCUCUCCCCUCCUUUCGCAGGCCAAACUGGGGAACAGCUCCGUCAGCCCCAAUGUGGGGCACCUCAUCCUGAAGUACCUGUGCCCGGCCAUCCGGGACGUGCUGAGCGACGGGCUCAAGGCCUACGUCCUGGACGUCAUCAUCGGCCAGAGGAGGAACAUCCCCUGGAGCGUGGUGGAGGCCUCCACGCAGCUGGGUAUGCUGAUCAGGGGUCCCAGGGGGCAGUGGCGUAGCAAGGCCAGGUGGUACCUGGCGCAGAAAAUUUCUGGUCACCACCCCACACAUUGAAAUAUAUAUUUUUUUAAUAAAAUGUAUAGACCACUUUUUAAAAAACAAACAAAAACAAACUUCAAAGCAGUUUACAAAAAAGAUAAAACAAGAAAACGAAGAAAAAUAUUCAACAUACAAAAUUUAAAAGACUAAAACAGAUUGGAAAUUAUUUCAAAAUGUAAGCAUUUGAGCAGGUUUGUCUAAACAAGAAUGCUUUAAAGCAGAUGCCAGAUGGACUACAGUACAGGGGCUUUCCUGACAUCAAGAGGCAGGGAGUUCCAGAGGGCAGGCAGUUGGCACACUAAGCAGCUGGCUUCUCACAGGGAUCAUGGGGCACCUGCAGUUGUGCCAGUUCCACCGAUCAAAGCUUUCCAGUACACACAUCAAGUGGGAUUCAUCUGUUCCAACCUUGGUUUUAUGUGGUUUAAAUAACGACAUGAUACUUUAAAGGCAUGUUGGAAACAGCUUUGGCUUGAAUGUGAUCAAGCCGGGUGGGUAUAUGUUGGAAGAAACCUCCAAGAUCACAAGAGGAGGAGGCAGUGGCGAAGGCUUCUUUAAAAGAUCCCAGCUGGGCCCUGACUGGCGUUACGGGUCAAAACCAGCAACUUGGGGCAAGAGAGAGACUUUCCAAUGUUUGAAUCCUGAAGCCGAAAUCCCUUUGGGCCGUUUUCAGCCUCAUGAUCGCUUCAUCGAUGACUAUUUAUUUCAAGAUUUAUGCAAAAGAAAACACCAACCUCAAAGUGAUUUACAGAAAAAGUUUAAACAAUAAACUGAUGAGAAAAAUUAGCAGAAACUAUUGAAGACUUUCAAAAAGUUGAAAUAGCAAUAAGCUGAAAACAGAUUAAAACUGCCUCUUUGGGAUGUUGUGUUGCGAUACCUGCCGUGCAGGGGGUUGGGCUAGAUGACCCUGGGGUCCCCUCCAACGCUGCACUUCUGUGAUUCUCCCGUUCCUCCCCAGGCCCCUCCACCAAGGUCCUGCACGGCCUCUGCAGCAAAGUCAGCCAAUACCCGGAGCUCACCAGCCACUCCAUGCGCUUCAACGCCUUCAUCCUCGGCCUCCUCAAGUAAGCGCUGCUUCCCCCUUCUCACGCCAGCCCUUUGGGGUGGGCCCACGGGGGCAGGCGGGGGGGAGAAUGUGAGGGAAACGAGCAAAUCUCCAGGGCACUACCCCCCACAAUAAAACUAAACACUCCCAAAGUCUGUGGUUUACCUGUGGUUUCUGCAUUGCAGGGGUUGGGCCAGAUGACCUUUGGGGGUCCCUUGCGACUCCACAAAUAUGUGAUUCCAAGGGAGGAAGGUGAGGGGUUCCAUGGAGCCCACCCCUCCACCCCUUGGCUGCUGCCUCAUAGGAGACUUUUGUGCUUUAAAGCCAGGCCUGGAGACUUGGGGGAACCUCCAUCUCUCCAUGAGAGAGCCUUUUCUGCCACCUCACAAACCGGAACUCAAGUCUGAUUCUUGCAUAACUUUCUGGCCAGCCAAAACUCCCAUGGGGGCCUUUUCCCACACUGCUGGUCCCCACAUGGCAGCGGGGCUUUCCUUGGGGGCUCCUGCAACGCCAGAAACUCCUGCCAUCAGCCUGCCUUGCUUCUGAGUUUGGCAGCUGGGGUGUCCUUCCUGCCAGGCCCACACUUGUGGGUCCUGGACACGAGACUGAUUGACUCUCAGCCCCUCUCUUUCUCUCUCUCUGCUUUCUCCUCCAACAGCAUCCGGUCCCUGGAGUUCUGGUUUAACCACCUCUACAACCACGAAGGUAAGAAGAGGUGGCUGGGAGGUGGGAGUGCACAGGUGGCCUGCAUUCAAUGCAGUGGUUGGGAUCUUGGCCGAUGGCCGGAAGGAAGAUUCUGCAGAGCUGCCCACCUUGAGUCGAGCACCUUGCCGGGGGAAGCAGGAGAGCGUCCCGGUCAGGUCCGAGAAAUGGGGCCAGAUGAGCCACGGAGAAUCAGUCUCGUACUGGCAUUGUGAAGGGUGCUUUGAGCAUUUUGGGGGUGAGCAGAACUGGGGAGGGAGCCAGGCACCCGUUCUCCGCAGCUCCCCCAGGAGGCAGGGAUGGCCACCAACUUGGAUGCCUUUAAAGGAGGAUCAGGCCAGUUUGUGGAGGCAGCGGUGUAGCAGGGGUUGCCAGUGACCGGGGCAGGGAAGCCACCGAGGCUGCAGGGCUCUGCUUCACCACCCACCCACCCGCCUGUGCUGUGGGGGGGCCUCCUUUUCUCUCCUGGAAUGUCUGAUGCCAUGAUACCUACCCUGUUUCCCCGAAAAUAAGACAGUGUCUUCUAUUAAUUUUUGCUCCCAAAGAUGCGCUAGGUCUUAUUUUCAGGGGAUGUCUUAUUUUUCCACGAAGAAGAAUACGGUACACAUUUAUUGUCUAACAGUGAGUCAGCCAGACUCCGUCAGGGCAGAGCGAGCGGCAGGCGGCAGCUUGUCCUGGUGUCGGCGUGGGCUCUCUGAUUUAAAGAGACCUCGCACUGCCUGAACAGCUCCAGCUGCGCUGCGGCCAAUCAGUGAGCUGCGCGACGGCACCCACCACUACGGUCCAGAGGAGUCAGACGCCUCACGGUAGCUUUGGGGGCCUUAUAUUCCGGGGAGGCCUUAUGUUCGGGGGGGCCUUAUUAUCGGGGAGGUCUUAUUUUUGGGGGGAUGCCUUAUGCCCUGUUUCCCCAAAAUAAGACUUACUUCCAGUUUUGCCUCUCGCUGUAAAAUAAGACCUAGCUCAUCUUUGGGAGCAAAAAAUAAUAUAAGACACUGUCUUAUUUUCAGGGAAACAGGGUAUUACAGCGAGAGGCAAAACUGGAAGUAGGUCUUAUAUUUGGGGAUGUCUUAUUUUCAGGGAAACAGGGUAGGAGAAAGGCUUCGGUUUUUUUGGUAAACGUUAAUUUGAGCAUCUUUUUAAAUUCAUGGUACAGUGGUGCCUCGCAAGACGAAAUUAAUCCGUUCCGUGAGUCUCUUCAUCUUGCGGUUUUUUCGUCUUGCGAAGCACGGCUAUUAGCGGCUUAGCGGCUAUUAACGGCUUAGCGGCUUUAAGAAAAAGGAAACAAACUCGCAAGAACUCGCAAGAUGUUUUGUCUUGCGAAGCAAGCCCAUAGGGAAAUUCGUCUUGUGGAACGACUCAAAAAACGCAAAACCCUUUCGUCUAGCGAGUUUUUCGUCUUGCGAGGCAUUCGUCUUGCGAGGUACCACUGUAUAUAAGUUCCCAGAAGCUCUUUAUUUAUGUUUUACAACUCCACCACCUGUGGACUGAAUGACAACCUGCGGUUCUCCCUCUCCCUGCAGACAUUGUCCAGGUGCACUACCAGCCGGUGGGCUUCCUCUCGCUGUCGCAUGGCGUGUGCCAGGGCCUCUUUGAGGAGCUCCUCCUCCUCCUCCAGCCCCUCUCGCUGCUCCCCUUCAGCCUGGACCUCCUCUUUGAGCACCACCUGCUGCAGAUGGGCAAGGAGCAGCAGCAGCAGAAGGAGAUGCUCCGCGUCCAGCAGGGCCUGGUCCUCUCGGCCCACUCCACCCUCCAGCUGAUGAGGAGCCGGGGGGCAGCAGCAGCAGCAGCAGCCAUGGGGGCCGGCGGCGGCACCAGCAGCACCACCAGCAGCAGCAGCCUGGAGAGGAGCGUCGGCGGCUGGGCGGUGGCGGAGCAGGACCGCGGCCGGGAGAGCCAUGGGGGACCCCCGGUGAAGGCAGCAGAAGAAAGGGUCAAAGGCGAGGGGGCCCCAUCAGUGGCACCCCCCGAGAGGGAAGCAGAGUCGGCGCGGUGGAAGGGGCCCCCCGAGCCCAAGAAAGACAAGCAGGCCAGCUGGUGGUACCAGCUGAUGCAGAGCUCCCAGGUCUACAUCGAAGGGUCGGCGGAAGGGGCUCGCUUGGCCCGCUACGAGCGCAGGAAGAAGGGGGUGGCAGGGGGGACGCCCCGGCCGGCCGAGCCCAAGAAGGGGCCUCCUCCGCGGGAGGGGGUGGUGGAAGGGGCGGAGGCCUGCCCCAUCGCGGAGGUGCCCCUCCAAGACAGACCCCCGGCGGACGUGGCAGCGACAGGGACUGAGCCUCGGUGGAAGGCAGAGACCCCCCCCGCCCGGGAGGCAGCGAAGGAGAAGACCCUCCGGCCGUUCUGGAUGGGCAGCCCCCCAGACUCGGUGCUGACUGAACUGAAGCACACCGGGGAGAAGGACGCGGUGCCAGCCCCAAACCAGGGGGGUCCCCAGGAGGACAACGGCACCCCCAAGUGGGGGCACCUCUUUGGUUCCCGGAAGGCGCCCAAGGAGCCCAAGCAGGCCAACAGGUAGGUGGGGUGGGGGCAGCAACCUGGGGGUGCAGGAGGGGGCUGGCGGUUUGGGUGCACCCUAGAGCGGCAUGGGAUGGGCAGAGACCCCAAAGGCUGGGAAUAGGAGGAGGAGGAGGAGGAGGGGGUCUCCGUGGCACUUUGACCUCAGGCUUUUUGCAAAGAGGUGCCACUGGCCUGGAGGUCUUUGAGUUGAUAGUACAGUGCUCCCUUGGGUCUCAAACUUAAUCCGUUCCGGAAGCCCGUUCCAAAACCAAAGCAUUCCAAAACCAAGGCGCGCUGCUUUCCCAUAGAAAGUAAUGCAAAAUGAAUUAAUCCAGACUUUUAAAAACAACCCCUAAAACAGCAAUUUAACAUGAAUUUUACAAUCUAAUGAGACCAUUGAUUCAUAAAAUGAAAGCAAUAAACAAUUUACUGCAGUCACACAAUCCAUCAAUCAGUAGCUGAACUGAGUUCAACACAGUCACACACAAAAAAACCAAAGAGCCGCAAAAACAAAAACACAAAAUAAACAGUAAAAACAGACAGACCUCAGCAUAGCACUCAAAACAGAAGCGUAACACUCAAAACGGGUCACAUUUGACUUCCGAAAAAAGUUCGCAAACCGGAACACUUACUUCCAGGUUUGCAGUGUUCGGGUUCCAAGCUGUUUGAGAACCAAGGCAUUUGAGAACCAAUCUGAGAUUGUGGGGUGCAGAAAGGGAGCCCCAAGAACACUGUCCCCCCCACUGUGCCAAUAUCUCUGGCAAUAAUGACGAGGCUGAAACAGAGGAGGAAGCAGGGUGAAUGCCACUCCAAACAAGGGCACAGUCUGCUCUUCUCUUCUCUGGUGUGUUUAUCUCCCGCUUCUCCUUCAAGGAGGCAGGCAUUGCUUUCCGCCUUCCUGUUUUAUCCUCACAACAGCCCUGAGAGGGAGGCUAGGCUGCCCUGAGGUCCCCCAGCGAGCUUCGUGGCUGAGUGGGGAUUUGCACCCUGCUCUCUCCCAGGUCCUAGUCCAGCGCUCUCACCACUGCGCCACAUUGCCGCUUGUCCUUCGAAGGAGCCCGAUUGCUGCCCUGGCACCGCCCUGGGAUGGCAAUGGCCCCCCAAGGGCAGCCUCCCUCCCUGCAGCUGCUCUCCUGAGCCAUCCCAGUUCAGGGCUGCUGGUGCAAAGGCCGGGGGGGGGGGGGCAGACCCAGGACAUUUCAGAAUGGAAACUGAAAAGAAGGUUAAGCAGGCAAAGGUGGGAAUGCUGAAACUAUAGAUGUUUCUGUGUCUUCAUCAAGCAGCACUGGAUUAAGACCUUCAAAGGCCCUAAGCACAUAAAAGAUUUCGUUGCCCCCCCCCAUAUAUCUAAUUCAAAAUACAAACAAGAACAAACCCUCAAAUAAAAUUUUAUUUUUUGAAAUGAAACAAAACCUACAGUGAGAUGGAAAAUAAUGUUCAUUUCCGUGCAUUUGUAUUUGAAAACUUUUCUCUUACUUGUUGUUUAUGAAUAGAUGUUAUUAGGAUUUAUACAGGGACAUACAAAACUUAAUAUCAUAUCUCUGGGGUUUUUGGUCCAAAUCAAAAUAUUGAUUUGGAUUCAAUAAAACUCGUAGAGAAAAAGAAAUGCAGGAAAUAUAGAAAGGCAGAGAGGGAGAUAAAGAAGAAAUAGACAAGAGAUUUAAAAGGUGGGAGAAUAAUAAAGUUCAAAAGUUAAAGAACUUCCGAUUCUUCAUUUGACUGCUGCAUAUAAGCAAUACAGUCAUACCUCAUGUUGUGUCCGCUUCAGGUUGCGUUUUUUUGGGUUGCGGACUGCCGAAACCUGAAAGUACCAGAACAGGUUACUUCCGGGUUUCGGCAGUCACGCAUGCACAGAAGCGCAAACACGGGUUGCGAAUGCUUCGGGUUGCGAAGGUGCAUCCUGCACAGAACACGUUCGCAAUCUGAGCAUCCACUGUAUUCACAUCCCUACAAAGCUACUUUCUAUAAGCAAAUAUUAUCUUCCAUCCUCAAAUCCAAAUGCCAUUAUUUCAAAACAUCUAUGAGAAGUUUCCAGUCUCCCAUAAAUGUUAAGAAUGACUUUUCUCUGCUUAAGCAUGCCGGUUUUUCCAUCUCAGCCAUUCUCCCAUUGCUGGUAGUGACGAGUCCUUCCAUCUCUGUGCAUAUAAAAGUCUCGCCCCUGGAAUUGAAGCAAAGCUCCAGAGAACUUUUCUAACUGUAUAGCUGGAAGUCCCACUUCCGGUGAGCUCAGGCGGUGUGCUAGGAGCCUCUUCUCUGCACUCCUGCUGGAAGAGAUAGUUGGGUGGCACUUAUGGCGGCUAGGAAACAUUUCCUCCUACUUUUUCUAAUUGCUAAGCCUGUGCUCAGAUCCUCAAAACUAACCUUAUGUCACACAUCCGCUUCUGUACUUAGUAGAGAUGAGGCACCUAGUCUGCCUCGUUGCAGAGUUCUUCUGUUGGGAUUUUUAAUGUACAGCAAUUGUGACCAUUAAUGUUGAAAAUCUGGCAAUGGGAAAUUUCUGUGGUUCCCCCUUCCUUUGAUGACCCAAGCACAAGCUUCUUUUGCUGAAUGCUUAAUCCAGCCCUGCUUUCCAGGCUGAACCCACAGGGUAUGGCGCGCUCAACCCCGAUAUUUCCCCAACAGCUGCCUCUCGCGUUAUUUCUGUCGUUCUCUGAUCCGCCUACUGGUCUUGACUUCCUUCUCCCCUUCCAGGCUGCCCUCUGGCUGGCUGAGCCUGGACCGCUCCGUGCUGCAGCUGAUGGCACAGACAGUGGGGGCCACGGUGUGGAGAGAAGCUUCCUCGGAGCCUGAGCGGCUGGCGCCGGACCCUCCUCCCGCACAUCCCAAGCAGCCACUGCCGGACAGGGGAGGCUCCCCCGAGACACCAUGGUGAGGGAUACUGUGGGGCAACAGGGGGUCGGGGUGGGGGCAGCCACAGGGCUGGGGGGCCAGGGUCUGUCUCAAGGAUGCUCAAGCUAGAAGGCUUUUUGGGGGAGUUUCUCAGAGGCCCAGGACCUCCCCCCUCUGGGACCCCUCAGGCUUGUGGUCCUGGCAACCAGUCCAAGGGGGUCUCAUGGAAAGCCCUGCAGGGGUGAGAACUGAGCCCCCGGCUUGGGCGGGGAGCAGAGGCCUGGAUCUCUUGGGGGGGUGAGGGGGCUGGGCUCAAAAGCAACCUCAGGUGAGGGAUGGAGAGCAUUUGUGACCCUCAGGGUGCUGAUAGACCCCCCCCCCCAUGAAGCCAGGAGUCUGGUGAGAGUGAGAGUGCAGAGAUGCUUGAGGUUGCUCAGCCCAUCAUAGUCCUUCUCUCUGACAAGCUUCCUUUAUGGUUUGCCCCCAGGCCUUGUGGCCGAUGGAAGUGGCCCCAGAGGCAGCUGGUGGGCUGUGGCCGUUGUGCCCUGUGGGAGAGGAGGACCCCUCGUCUGUGGAGAACCCCCCCAUGCUGCCCCACUGCCCCUCCUCCAACAGUCGGUGGUGACCAUGCAAUCCCGGAAUGUCACAGUUGGAAGGGAGCCCCAGGGAACAUCUAGUCCAGCCCCUACCAGGCAGAAAUCACAGCUGAAAGAGUAGGGGGCCCCAACCUCUCCAGCCCCUGAAGGACCAGGUGUGCAGCCUGGGAGUCAUUUUGGACUCACAGCUGUCCAUGGAGGCGCAGGUCAAUUCUGUGUCCAGGGCAGCUGUUUACCAGCUCCAUCUGGUACACAGGAUGAGACCCUACCUGUCUUGCCAGAGUGGUGCAUGCUCUAGUUAUCUCCUGCUUGGACUACUGCAAUGCGCUCUACGUGGGGCUACCUUUGAAGGUGACUCAGAAACUACAACUAAUCCAGAAUGCAGCAGCUAGACUGGUGACUGGGAACGGCCGCCGAGACCAUAUAACACCGGUCUUGAAAGACCUACACUGGCUCCCAGUACGUUUCCGAGCACAAUUCAAAGUGUUGGUGCUGACCUUGAAAGCCCUAAACAGCCUCGGUCCAGUAUACCUGAAGGAGCGUCUCCACCCCCAUCAUUCUGCCCGGACACUGAGGUCCAGCGCCUUCUGGUGGUUCUCUCCCUGCGAGAAGCCAAUUUACAGGGAACCAGGCAGAGGGCCUUCUCGGUGGUGGCACCCACCCUGUGGAACGCCCUCCAACCAGAUGCCAAAGACAUAAACAACUAUCUGACUUUUGGAAGGCAACUGAAGGCAGCCCUGUUUAGGGAGUUUUUAAUGUUUGAUUCUAUUUUUCAUAUUCUGUUGGGAGCCGCCCAGAGUGGCUGGGAAAACCCAGCCAGAUUGGCAGGGUAUAAACAAUCUAUUAUUGUUGUUGUUGCAGGGCAUAAAUAAUCAAUUGUUUGUCAGUGUUUGAAAAAAGAAAAGGUUCUGACCUCCUUUUCGCUCCUUUGCCUAGUCCUCAGACCUUAUUUGGCACAAAGAGUCCUUAAGAAAGAGUACUUUGCCGAAUGCUGCUUUUAUCCUUAAAAAGUCUUCUUCUCCAACCACGACCGACAGCUUUUAUAAACACCAAACGCAACCAGCUUUCUACCCUCCAACCAACCCACACCACACUAACAUUGACCACUCUAUAUAUACAAGUAUAAUUUGGUGAACGGUUGCAUGAGUCAUUGUAGGUCGCUGACUCCUGCUGACUUAGUUCUUUUAGCAUUCAAGAAACAGCAGCCAAUAUUUUAGCCGUGACGUUGUUGUUGUUGUUGUUCCCUCACGACCCCCUCCUUCCCUCCGCAGCGAGGUCAAGGCCCUGUGCCACCACAUUGCCACGGAGGCUGGGCAGCUGAGUUUCCAGAAGGGUGACGUCCUGCGCGUGGUGGGCAAGGUGGACGCCGACUGGCUGCGCUGCAGGCGAGGGGCAGAGAGCGGCUUGGUGCCCAUCAUGUACGUCACCCACAUGGAGGAUGAGGACUACUGA